CGCGCUGUUCUGACUCGCCAUCGCAGGCGCAUCGCAUUCUUCACAGAGCCGACGAGAUCCACACACCGACAUUUUACACCGAACGGAUAUUUACCCGAUACAGAACAUCGCUGGUCACUGGAAGCACACAGAAGAGGCGCAGAAUGGGGUGUCGAGAGCUUUUCAUAUUACUGAUAGCCGCGACAUCGACGCUCGCUGUUGAGGUGCCGUCGGACUCCGGUACCGGACUGCUGGCCGAGCCGCAGGUCGCCAUGUUCUGCGGGAAACUCAACAUGCACAUCAACGUUCAGACAGGAAAAUGGGAAUCCGAUCCGUCCGGAACCAAGAGCUGCAUCGGGACGAAAGAGGGAAUCCUGCAGUACUGCCAGGAGGUGUAUCCAGAGCUUCAGAUUACAAACGUGGUUGAGGCCAAUCAGCCCGUCAGUAUCUGGGACUGGUGUAAGAAGGGCCGUAAGCAGUGCCGCAGUCACAUGCACAUUGUGGUGCCGUAUCGCUGCCUGGUCGGUGAGUUUGUGAGCGACGCUCUGCUGGUUCCUGAUAAGUGUAAGUUCCUGCACCAGGAGCGCAUGGACAUGUGUGAGAGUCACCUGCACUGGCACACCGUCGCCAAAGAGUCCUGCGGCGACCGCAGCAUGAAUCUCCAUGACUACGGGAUGCUGUUGCCGUGCGGUAUCGACCGUUUCCGCGGCGUCGAGUUCGUUUGCUGCCCUGCGGAAGCGGAGAAGGAGUCGGACAGCGCUGCCGCGGACGAGGACGAUUCAGACGUGUGGUGGGGAGGAGCCGAGAACGACUACAGCGAGAACAGCAUGACGCGAGACGCAGGAUCCGAACCGGCCGUGGUGGAGGAUGACGAGGAUCCGGACGAGGAAGAGGAGGUUCUGGACAACGACCAGGACGGAGACGGAGACGGAGACGAGGAUGAGAAGGAAGAGGAGGACGACGAGACGGCGGACGAGCGCCAGAGCACCAGCGUCGCCAUGACGACCACCACAACAACCACGACGGAGUCAGUGGAGGAGGUGGUGCGAGAGGUGUGUUUUGCGAGCGCAGAGACGGGCCCCUGCAGGGCCAUGUUGUCCCGCUGGUAUUUUGUGCGUGAGGAGGGCCGCUGCGCUCCCUUCAUCUACGGCGGCUGCGGAGGAAACCGCAAUAACUUUGAGUCGGAGGAGUACUGUCUGUCUGUCUGCAGCAGCGUCUUGCCGACCCCCUCCUCCAGCCCUCCGGACGCCGUGGACCGAUACCUGGAGACGCCGGCCGACGAAAACGAGCAUGCGCACUUCCUGAAGGCCAAAGAGAGUCUGGAGGCCAAACACCGUGAGCGCAUGUCUCAGGUGAUGAGGGAAUGGGAAGAGGCCGAGAGACAGGCGAAGAGUUUACCACGCAACGACAAGAAGGCCGUGAUCCAGCACUUCCAGGAGAAGGUGGAGGCUCUGGAGCAGGAGGCGGCCAGCGAGCGCCAGCAGCUGGUGGAGACGCACAUGGCCCGCGUGGAGGCGCUGCUGAACGACCGCCGACGCCUCGCUCUGGAGAGCUACCUGUCCGCCCUACAGGCCGAUCCGCCCCGGCCGCGGCACGUGUUCAGCCUGCUGAAGAAGUACGUUCGCGCCGAGCAGAAGGACCGGCAGCACACGCUCAAACACUUCGAACACGUGCGCAUGGUCGACCCCAAGAAAGCCGCGCAGAUCCGGCCUCAGGUGCUGACCCAUCUGCGUGUGAUCGAGGAGCGAAUGAAUCAGUCUCUCGGGCUGCUGUACAAGGUGCCGGGAGUCGCUGAAGACAUUCAGGACCAAGUCGAGCUGUUGCAGCGCGAGCAGCAGGAAAUGUCCGCUCAGUUAGCAAACCUGCAGAGCGACGUGCGCGUGAGUUACGGCAACGACGCCCUGAUGCCCGACAGCACCGCCAGCCUCGACCUGCUGCCCGCCGAAGACACGCAGGGAUUCGGAUUCAUCCACCCCGAGAGCUUCAACCAGCCCAACACACAGAACCAGGUUGAGCCGGUAGACGCACGUCCCAUCCCAGACCGAGGCCUGCCGACCCGACCAGUGUCUGGACUGAAACCUGAAGACAUUCCUGAGCUGCGGAUGGAGGCUGAAGAGAGACACAGUGAAGUUUACCACCAGAAACUGGUUUUCUUCGCGGAGGACGUGAGCUCCAAUAAGGGAGCUAUUAUUGGCCUGAUGGUCGGAGGUGUUGUCAUAGCAACCAUCAUCGUCAUCACCCUGGUGAUGCUGAGGAAGAAGCAGUACACGUCCAUCCACCACGGCAUCAUCGAGGUGGACGCUGCCGUGACCCCGGAGGAACGCCACCUGUCCAAGAUGCAACAGAACGGCUAUGAAAACCCCACCUACAAGUUCUUCGAGCAGAUGCACAACUGAUGGUGUGACGCUCCUCUUCCUUCCCGCUCCUCCUCUUUCUCCUCUGCAGACGGUGCAGGAGACACAAACCCAACUUCACUGCUCAUUAACAUCUCGCUUCCUGUUGGCCACUUCACAUGACUGCCAAUCAAACCGACCUUCCAUUGGCUGUACAAAUAUGAACUCGGUCAGUUUCAAGUUGUCGAAGAUGCGGUUUCAAACUGAAUGCACAAUUCAGAAUCAAUUCAGAUUGAACGCAUAUUCAGAUUUAGUUGUGAACUCACUGCAGAUGAACGUGAGUUUAAUGCUGGUAGAGUCAGUUUCGAGUUCAGGUCAGUUUGAAUUGAACAUAUGAAGUUGAUUCACAUUAAAUUCAGAGCACUGAUCUGAAUUCACUCCAGAUUUUCAACUAUAAACUUCUGUUGGCUGGACAGACAUCAACUUUAUUAGAUAAGUGCUAUUGGGAUCAGUUUCAAAUAGUUGAAAUACAGUUUCAAAUUCAGUUCGUAAUUCAAAUUUGUGUAAUUCACAUUGGCUAGACGAAUGUGAAUAUGAUUAGAUUGAGUCAGUUUUAAGAUGCAUUUUCAAAUUGAAUACACAAUUCAAAUUCAAAUCACACAUAAAACUGAAUGCAUAAUUUACCGCCAUUAGGGUGCAUUUCAAGUUCAGUUCUGUUUAAAAUUUGAUUCACAUCAAAUUCAGUCCACAUUUGUAAAUUCAUUCCAGAUUUUUCAACUAUGACUUCCCAUUGGCUGGACAAACAUGAUGAAAUUAAUGCUUUUUUGGGUCAGUGUCAAAUUCAGAGGAGUUUAAAUUGAACACAUAAUUCACAUUCACUUUGAAACUUCAGCUUUAAAUGUGAUUUCAAAUCAAAUUCAAUGCACAGUUCUAUAUUCACUCCAGAUGUCCACUGGACAAACGUGAAGAUGAUCAGACGGUGUCAGGGUCUGUUUCAAGUAGAAGUUUUAGUUUCAAAUUGAAUGCAUAAUCCAGAUUUCAUAAAUGUGAAGAGGUUAAUGCUGUUAGGGUCAUUUUAAAGUUCAGUUUAAAAUUUGAAAAUUCUGCGAUCCACAUCAAAUUCAGUGCACAGUUCUGAAUUCACUCCGGAUUUUAUAACUAAUGCAAUCAAUUUGACUUCAUCAUUCCCUAAACUGGCUGAAUCUGAUUUGUCAGCUGACCGUAUUCCUCCGUUACGAACCGACAGUCCAGGUUCCGGUCGUGUCGCUGCACCGUCUGCUCUCGCACUACUAACCGAGUGAAACACUGGGGGUAUCUGAGGGUGAACGUCCGAGACUUCAUCCCGUCAGACACGCGCGUCUCCUCCCUUCCUCUUCCUCCUCUUCGUCGCACACUGACUGCAGCUGUGCUGUGUUUGGUGACGCAUUCAACCCGUCAGAGAUUAUUCUAGUGAUCGAUGUCCUUCUGAAUGAGAUCUUCAAAAUGUUUGAUUGUUUCUGGUUUGUUUUUCCAAAAAAAAUAAGAUUAAUAAUUGUAAAAAAGAAAUUUGCCAAAAAAAAUUUUUUAGUUGUCAAUAUUGAAGUAAUGCAAAAAAAAGGCUAGUUGUAACUAUGUAGUGCAUGAUAGAAAAAAAAAUGACGGGAAAACUCUGCUAUUUGGAUCUUGGUCUUUUCUCACGUAGAGACAUUUCAGCAGGAUUACUCAGUAACUUGUGAAAAUGUGAUUUGAGUUGCACAAAAAAUGACUCAAUUGGCUUCUGCUUCUGAUAGAACCUAAACUCAAUUAAAAGCUUUGGUUUCAAUACCUGGUUGUUUUUUUCUUUUAUUUUUAUCAGGCUGAGAUCCAGCGGUGGCUGUCGAUGUACAUUUACUGUCUUUAAUGUUUUCGUCCUAUGCAUUUCAGAGAUUUAUUUACUCCUUCUUUGUAUUUAAUUUGAUUCUCCAUUGGACUCGUUGGUGUAUGUGUUUUUUAAGCGGGUGUUUGGGGUGGGCGGGUGGGUUUUUUGGGUCAUUCUGUCUGUUUCUCUCCAGUCAGUUUUGUGUUUUUAGAUCACUCUUUGUCUGCAGAUGUAGAAAGUGUUUCCUCCUCUUCAUCUCUUGUUACGCAGCAGCGCUGACGCUCGUCUCGUCUCGGUUUUCACUGCAGAAACCGACGCAGCGAUGCUGCGCUGGAGCCUCUGAGAGAAAAACACCUUCAUCUCACUGCAAAAUCAAAAGAAAAAGAUUGUUUGCAUUGCGUUAUUGCAUUAUUUUUUGUCAUUACUGUAAUGCAAGAAAAUGUAUUUAAAUUGUGCAAUUGUAAGUAUUUAUCAUGAUUGUAUUUGUAAUUAAUUUAAUGCUGAUUUAUAAUUUUUUUCAAAUAAUUUCCAUUCAUUGCUGCAUUACAGUAAUGCAAAUUUGUGGUUAAAUGUGCUUCAUUUACAUGCAAAUAAUGCAAAUAAAAAUGAAUGCUAAUUUUUUCUUUUGAUUUUGAGGUGAAAUAUGAGUUGGAGGAGAUUAUCAUGUGUUUUGAUGCCUUGAGCAUCACGUCUGUCUCCUGUAGUGUUUCUGUCUGUCACUCACACACGUGUUUUUGUUGUAGUCAGUUUUAGAAAGUGUCCGAUGACUGAUUAUAAGCUGGUGGUUAUUAUCGCGUGACAUCCAGGAUCUGAAAUGACUUCGAUUUACAGCCGAUCACUGUAAACGGUUCAUAAUCACUAAUCAACCCGUCUGAUGAAUGUCGAUCAAUCGUUUACAGAAUCUCCCUCAUGAGCGUCAUUCGUGGCUGUUUUCAGAUCAGUGAUGAGUCCUGGGUAAUUCUCAGCGUGUGUUGCUGUGGUUUGAUCAGAUCUGAGGUGGUUGGAUGGUGGUGAUGAGGUUCUUUCAGUGGCAUUUUUCUGUGUAUCAUUUGCUUUGACUGGAAUUCAACUGCGCUUUCUACACUGUGUUCCAUAAAUAAAGUUUUGAAUGUACAUACAGA